AGUACUUUAGUGCACACUCUCUUCACCAAGACUUAACCAGAUUAAGCCACUUCGCAGUUCAGCCGGGGGGCGGAGCUAGGUUGGGCCGAGGGUUCAUCCGAACCUAAAAAUUACACUAGUUAAAAUUAUUUUUGACUUCUUCGUGUGUUUACAACUUGAUAUUUUUGAACCUCUUCCUAAAAAUCCUAGCUCCCCCGCUAAGUUCAGCAAUGGCCGCGAGUCUCGUGGGAGGAGCUGCUCUUGGUCCAGUCUUUGACAUACUAUACAAAGCAGUUUUUGAUGUUGCCAGAAACAUCGCCACUUUCCGUUCCAAAUUCGUCAGCUUGAAGGAGACAUUACAUGGUCUCGCACCAGUAUUCUCGGACAUUGAAACGCUAAGCAAAGCCUUAGACGGGAAAGACGUACAAAUAGAAAUGUUCAGGAACCUGCUCGUGAAAGGUGAAGAGCUAGUUCACAAGUGUUCCAAGACUAAAUGCUACGACGCCUUUAAAAGAUUGAACUACUCCAGGAAACUGACCAAGUUGGAAAAUUCACUGGUGAAGCUCUGCCAGUUUCAUGGUUUAAUUCAGGUUUGUUGGGAUACUAAAAAGAUUCUGGUUGAGUGUAAAAAACAUGAUAAGAAAUUGGACGAGGUUCACUCGAUGAUGAGAAAUAUGUCGUUGAUGGGGUCGGGUAGUAGUGUUGGCAGCUCAAAUGGAAAUGGGUUUACAGGAUGGUCUGAUGUGCCCCAAGUUCCUGAUUCUGUGUUUGGAUUUGAAGUGCCACUUCAAGAAUUGAAAUUGAAGCUGCUUGAUGAGAAAGAUCAAGUGGUGGUUCUUUCUGCUCCUGCUGGCUGUGGUAAGACUACUUUGGCAGCUAUGGUUUGUCAACAGGAUGAUAUCAAAGCCAAAUACAGGGGGGGCAUCUUUUUUGUCACUGUUACAAAAACACCAAACAUCAAGCGCAUUGUUGCGGAAGUUUUUGAGACGAAAGACUGUAAGGUGCCAGAGUUUGCAUCUGAGGAAGUUUCAAUCAACCAACUCAAGAACCUCCUUAGGAGAAGUACAUCUCAACCUGUAUUGCUGGUGCUGGAUGAUGUUUGGUCUGAAUCAGAGUUCGUCAUCGAGAAACUUAGAUUUCAGAUACCUGGAUUUAAGGUUUUGGUCACUUCGAGAGUUGUGCUUCCAAAAUUUUAUACAUAUAAAUUAGAUCUUUUGAGAGAGAACCAUGCAAAUGCUCUCUUCUGCGCUUCUGCUUUUAAAGAUAGCACCCCUAAUGUGCCACUUGAUCUUGUUCAUAAGGUGGUGAGCAGUUGUGGCGGUUUUCCACUGGCUCUAAGAGUUGUAGGCCGUUCAUUGUGUGGCCAGCCUGAGGUGAUAUGGUUUAACAGAGUAAUGAUGCAGUCUAAAAGACAAAUUCUCUUCCCUACUGAGAAUGAUCUGCUUCGUUCUUUGCAAGCCAGCAUUGAUGCCUUGGAUGAAAACGUUCAUUGCAACAGAUUAAGAGACUGCUACCUGGAUUUAGGAUCAUUUCCUGAAGAUCAAAGAAUUCAUCCUGCUGCUCUUUUGGAUAUGUGGGUGGAACGAUACAAUCUUGAUGAAGAUGGCAUGAAAGCGAUGGCCAUCUUCUUUGAACUUUCUUCACAAAACCUGGUUAAUCUCGCCCUUGCAAGAAAGGAUGCACCAGCAGUUGUUGGCUUACAUAACUUGGAUUACAUACAGCAGCAUGAUAUGCUGAGAGAACUGGUCAUCCACCAGUGUGAUGAGAAGCCGGUAGAAGAGAGAACGAGAAUAUAUAUCAACAUCAAGGGGAAUGACUUUCCUAGGUGGUGGUUUGACCAAAUAUUUCAACCGCUUCAAGCAGAGGUUUUGUCUAUAAUCUCAGAUGAAUCUUUCUCCUCCGAGUGGUAUGACGUGAAAUUUCCUAAAGUUGAAGUCCUUGUAUUAAACUUUGAAACAAGGACCUAUAACUUACCCCCUUUUAUAAAGCAAAUGAACCAAUUGAAGACUCUGAUUGUGACAAAUAAUGGUUUCUUCUCAGCCAAAUUGAAUAACUUUCAGUUUUGUUCUCUGCUCAAUCUUAAGAGAAUUAACCUGGAACGCAUCUCUGUUACAUCCAUUUUCACAGCCAAUUUGCAGCUACCAAAUUUGCUCAAAAUCUCCCUGAUCAUGUGUGAAAUCGGGGAGGCAUUUGAAAACUCUGCUUCCACAAUGCCUUACAUGUGGCCAAAACUCGUAGAGAUUAAUAUCGAGUACUGCAACGAUUUAGUUGAAGUACCAGCUGAAAUAUGUGAUCUUGUUGAUCUUAAAAGGCUCAGCAUCUGUUAUUGUGAUGAACUGGUUGCCCUUCCCAUAGAGCUUGGGAAGUUGACAAAUUUGGAAGUACUAAGGCUUCAUUCUUGCACAAAAUUAGCUAAGUUGCCAGAGUCGGUAGUAAGGCUUAAUAAAUUGGAAUUUCUUGAUGUAUAUGAUUGUGUGAAUAUGGAUUGCUUGCCAACGGAUUUGGAUCAACUAUGUUCUUUAAGGACCUUCUGCAUGGGAAGCCGCGUGGGUUUUAAGCCCAAUUCUGUGCUAAAACUAGUGCAGUUGAAAGAUGUAGUAUGUGAUGAAGAAACAGCUGCUUUAUGGGAAUCUUUUAAGGAAGAUCUGGGGAAUCUGAGAAUCACUGUGAUAAAGGAAGACAUCAAUUUGAAUUUGCUGCAUAAAUCAUUAUUUUUCUGAUUUCAAGUAAGAUGCUGUUAGAGAACUUACCUUGGUGGAACUCAAGUAUGGAUGGAUGGUACAAAGCAAACACUGGAAUAACUUGAUCAACAGCUACAAUCGAGGGAAGUUUCUUGAGGCAACUUCGACUAGAACAAAAUGAGCUGAACUGGUAGCCAUGGGUGAAGCUAUAACUGUUGCAUCUGUUCUAUAUAUCCCAACGCAUAAGGACUUUCUCCAAUAUUACUGUCAGUGAAUUUUGAAAGAUGCAGCUCAAGAUUGAUCAUUUCACUUCAUACGUCUGUCAGGAAUUGACAUCUUAUUAGGAGCUGACGUUAGAGUUGGAAUGCAGAAAAGCUAAUAGUGCAGUAGACUAAUGCAAGUUUGAACUUUGGUAGGCUCAUAACGAACCUAGUACAUUGAUUUUAUGGAAGGACCAUCCAUUUACAUCCUUAAAUUUGGAUAGGGCUUUGGACCCUGACCCUGAUGUAUUCCUUUUUAUGCAUGUAAAAGCAAAAUCCAUAGUAAUAUAGAAAGCUUCUUUGUCAAAAGGAAGAUAGAACUCAUUAGCAAAGAACCUUCUUGGGGCUAAUUUCUUGCUGUAUUUGAUAGUAUGUUAUGGAUUAUUUGCCAAGAGUGGUUAUCCUUACGUAAUAUGAAAUGGGUUAUUUU